AUGAUGCUACAAGAUGUAACUGAUCCCAUGCUCUGUAGAGUGUUCCCUGCGACGUUAAAGGCAUCGGCGCAAAAAUGGUACUCAUGUCUCAAGGCAGGGUCAAUAAGUUCUUUCUCCGACUUAGCAUCAGCAUUCAAAGCAAGGUUCAGAACAAAUAUUCCCAUGCAGAAGAGCUCCAGCGACUUGAGGAAGUGCAAGCAAGGAGAGCAGGAGACCCUCAAAAAUUUCGUAGAAAGAUUCAACAAGGAAGCAGUUCAAAUCGAAAACCUGAACCAUGACACAGCCAUCGAAGCAAUGAAAAUGGGAACAAAGUUUGAGGAACUCCGUGACAAGAUCCUGAUGAAAAAGCCAACCACCUUUCAAGACUUAAUGCUAAUCGCUCAUAAGUAUGUGGAACUAGACGAAGCCCGAAGAACCCUCACGAAACAACAUGAGCACACCAAGCAGGAUAGUUCCAGAUAUCGAGGAAAACAGGAAGAAGAAAGGCCACGGACUCAGCGAUAUGGCGCAGGGCACAGACCCUGCGAUUUCACCCCAUUGAAUAAAGCUCCAGUAUACAUACUCAGCUGGAUGAAACAAAACCGAGUGAUGUUCAACACACCCCGGAAGAUGGAUCCUGACAUCCAGAGAGACAAAAGCAAAUACUGUCGUUUCCAUGAGGGCUACGGCCACGACCACGACACGGACAGAUGCUGGGACCUCAAGAGAGAAACAGAGCAGCUAAUUCAGUCUGGACUUUUGAAGAAGUUUGUCAACGACAGACCUGGAGACAAAAGGAAUGGGGAGUCAACAGAGAAAGAGGAACAAAACAAGAAGCAGAAAGAGGUCGCAGGCGUAGUAAACGUGAUAGAAGGAGGAGAGCCAUACAGCAAUAAUCAGAAAAAGAAAAGGAACAGAAGAGGGUCAGCCGCGGUGUUCGCAAUUGAAAGAGAAGUAAUCACAAAGAUAUCAUUCGGGCCAGACGAUGGACAUCACGUGAAGGGACCACACAAUGAUGCGUUGGUGAUAGAGGCCAUAAUCAGAAAUCACCUAGUAAAACGAAUACUGGUAGAUGAAGGCAGUUCUGUGAACCUAUUAACCUUGGAGGCAUUCAAAGAGAUGAAAGGCUCAGCAACAGACCUGCGUAAGUCCUCAGUCCCACUAGUAGGCCUGGGAGGGGCACCAAUACGUCCUGAAGGGACAGUGAGUUUAUAUGUAUAA